AUGAAGCCAUAUUCAAGAAAUAAAUUUACAAAAGAACAAUUAUUAGAAUUAUUAAAAGAUUUAUUAAUACAAUUACAGCAUUCAAGAGGAGAAAAGAAAAAUUUUUUUAAUGAAGGAAUAGAUAUUGCUAGAAAAGCAAUUUUAGAUUUCAAUUUCAAAUAUUUAGAUGCAACAACAAUAGAACCAACUACUUUGGUUGUUAAUUAUUACAAUUUUGAAGAUUUUGAAGAUUUUCCAAAUGAUGAAUUAGAUCAAUCAAAUCAAGAAAAUCAAAUAGUUAAUAAUUUAGAAGAAUGCGAAGAAGAACCAAUUUACUCAACUCCACCAGCUCAACAACAACAAACAACAACGACAACAACUACAACCACAUCAAAUGCAGAAAAUCAACAACAAGAUAGCGAUGAUGAGUCAUCUGAUGAAAAUGAUAAUUAUGACUAUGAAUGGAAAUGCUAUCAGACUCCAGUAUCUCCACCAAAAUCACCAUCAGAAGCCCCAAUUUCACCAUUACCAACUCCAAAUUCACCACAAAAACAAGAUGAGGAUUCAUCAGAAGAAAAUUUAGAUAAUGAAGAAUUUGAAGAUUGGAACUGUUAUCAAACCCCACCACCACUUCCAACCCCACCAUCACCAGUAUCCCCCAUAGUUUUUCAAGAAGGAAUUUAUCAAGAACCAGAAGUCAUAGAAGUUGCUCAAGAUCAAAUUGAACAUCAAGAAGAACAAAAUCAAUUUGAUUUAAAUGAGCCAUUAUCACAAAAUCAAAUCAUUGAUGAGCCAUUACAUCUUUUAACAAGGGAACAAUUAGAACAAUAUGCAGACUCCCCAUGUGAAAAUGAAUCACCAAUUCCACUUUUAAAUCAAUACCAAUUAGAACAAUAUAAUGACUCAUCUGAGGAAGAAAAUGAAAUAGAUUAUUAUAAUUGGAGAUGUUAUCAAACUCAAAACACUCCCCCACCAACACCAUCACCAGUAUCCCCCAUUGUUUUUCAAGAAGGAAUAUAUCAAGAAGAAAUAAAUCAAAAUAAUGAAAAUCAAGAAAAUUCCCAACAAAUUCAAAAUAAUGAAGAACAAAAUAAUGAAAUCCAAGAUAAUCAUGAAUUUUUAAACAAUGAAGAACAAAUUAAUGAAAUUCAAGAUAAUAGACAAAUUAUAAAUGAAGAAAAUCAAGAAAAUGAACAAGUUAUCAACAACGAAGAACAAAACCAAGAAAAUCAAGAAAAUGAAAAUCCACACCAUAAUUUUAUUUUUGAAGAUGAAGAGCCAAUUCAUGUUUCACCACCAUAUUACAUCCCCUAUGAAUUGGAAGAACCUAUCUAUUCAACACCUCCACAACAACAACAAUUCAAUCAUAUAAAUGAAGUUGAACAAGAGAUAGAUGAUUAUCUUAAUGACCAAGAAGAACAACAAGAAGUAAAUCAAGAAGUAAAUCAAGAAGUAAAUCAAGAAGAAAAUCAAGAAGUAAAUCAAGAAGUAAAUCAAGAAAAUCAAGAAGUAAAUCAAGAAGCAAAUCAAGAAGCAAAUCAAGAAGUAAAUCAAGAAGAAAAUCAAGAAGAACAAGAAUUUCCACCAACUCAAUCACCACCACACGAAGAUGAAGAAGAAUUUCCACCAACUCAAUCACCACCACACGAAGAUGAAGAAGAACAAGAAUUUCCACCAACUCAAUCACCACCACACGAAGAUGAAGAAUUACAACAUCCACAUGUCCGUUUCAAUCUUGAUUUAAACAUUUAUUACGAUCCAUCACCAAUACCUUCAACACCAUCUCUUACUCCAACUCAAACAGAUGAAGAACAAUAA